CCUCUGCAGGUUUACUUGCGCUCUUUGAGAAAUAGAUUUGAUCCAAAUAAAACAUCCAUUGUAGUUUGUUUGUUUUUUUAAUCUUUUUUUGCUGGAAACAACGUCGUGUCAUGGACAGACUCGCGUCUUUUGGCAAUGAUCCCUUUGAUAAACCACCGUGCAGAGGCUGCUCCUCAUAUCUGACUGAGCCAUACAUCAAGUGUGCCGAAUGUGGACCCUCUCCUUUUUUACUCUGCCUCCAGUGUUUCACACGAGGAUUCGAGUACAAGAAGCACCAGAGUGAUCACAAAUAUGAAAUCAUGACUUCAGAUUUCCCUGUCCUGGAGCCUGGGUGGACGGCGCAGGAGGAGAUGGCUCUGCUGGAGGCCGUCAUGGACUGUGGGUUUGGAAACUGGCAGGACGUUGCGUAUCAGAUGCGCACGAAAACAAAAGAGGAAUGCGAGAGCCAUUACAUGAAGAACUUCAUCAACAACCCGCUCUUCUCCUCCACUCUGCUCGGACUGAGGAAGACGAAAAACUCUCGUUUUGCAGAGGGCGCUAUUCCUUUCAAACCCACUGACGAUCCUCCUCGGCCCACGUUUGACUCGGUGCUGUCACGGGACAUGGCCGGAUACAUGCCUGCCAGAGCUGACUUCAUGGAGGAGUUUGACAACUAUGCCGAGUGGGAUCUGAAAGACAUUGACUUUGUCGAUGACGACUCGGACGUCCUCCGCGCUCUCAAACUCGCCGUGGUUGAUAUUUAUCACUCAAGAUUAAAGGAGAGGCAGCGGAGGAAGAAGAUCAUCCGAGACCAUGGCCUGAUCAACCUUCGCAAAUUCCAGAUGCUGGAGCGAUGUUACCCAAAGGAGGUGCAGGAGCUUUACGACGUCAUGAGACGAUUUGCCAGAGUGGUCGGACCCAUUGAACAUGACAAAUUCAUCGAGAGUCACGCACUGGAGUUUGAGCUGAGGCGGGAAAUCCACCGGCUGCAGGAGUACAGGAAAGCCGGGAUCAAGUCCUUCUGCAGUGCAAAGGUGUACGAGCGGGCGAAGCGCAUGCGUGAGGACGAGCGGAGGAAGAGGACCAUGCUGUGUGACGUCCUGCAGUACAUCCACGAUGGCAGAGCCUGUCAGCAGUGGCUCAGCAAACAGGCGGCCAUCGACGCUGGCAUCACUCCAGCUGUGACAACAAUAACAGUGUCAGCAACGGGCAGACGGAGCGCUCCACCUUUAAACCUGACUGGACUGCCGGGGACAGAGAAGCUCAACGAGCGGGAGAAAGAGUUGUGUCAGGUGGUGCGGCUGGUGCCCGGCGCUUACCUGGAAUACAAGCAGGCGUUACUGAAUGAGUGCCGGCGUCAGGGCGGUUUGCGGCUCGCACAGGCUCGAGCACUUAUCAAGAUCGACGUCAACAAAACACGCAAAAUCUACGAUUUUCUAAUAAAAGAGGGCUGCAUCACGAAGGCGUAGGAUCGUUUGCGUUCCACACAGAGGAAGUUGGAUUGUGGUCAGUGAUUUUCUUUUUCUUUUUUUUCCCUCACCUUGUAACUUUCGUAAGCCUUUAUUUUGAGUCUUAACUUUAUUAAAAAUUGCAUAUAGUCGUCUGUCAGAAGAGCAGGACCUCGUAUUAAAACGAGAAUGUAUUUAUUUCUCCUCUAAGAUGUUUACAAAGAAAUGUUUUCUUUGUCUGUGUUGACAUUUUAAUGUAAAUGUAAAGCCUUGAUUUAGACUGAAAUAUUUAGAUAUUCUUUGUUUUACACGUCUCUUGGUCACAGUGAAUUGAUAAGUAGUGGGGAAAAAAAUGCAAAUUUUGCUUUAAGUUUAAGGGAAGAAUUGGUACAAAGUGUAUCCAGCAGUUUUCUUUGUCUGUGCUUAACAAAACAUCCAAAAAUGUGAAGUUUGUGGCCAAAAUAAAACACUACUUAUAUGAAGAAUAAAAGAUUCCAUUGAAUAUU